AUGCCCUGCGCGCCGUCCUGCACCCCGACGGUCCUGGCCAACCGCGCCGGAGCUUUCUCGUGCGCCGCGCGUCUUGGCUGGCUCCAGUCCACGCGCGGCGGCGGUCUCACCGAGCACGCCGCCUGCACCACGGUUGCGGGCGAGUUUCCGGUCGAGUGUGGCGACUGCGCGCCUUUGAGCCUCGUGGCGCAGCCGCAUGCUGCCAGCAGAGUAGUGCCGCCCGCCGCGCCACCGCCGUCCCCUCCCUGGCACCUGCUCAAACUCCCACGCCCGAGCCCGCCGUCGCCGCCGCUGCCGCCCGGGAUGCCUCCGCCGACAUGGCCGCCGUCACCACUCCCUCCGUCGCCUCCAGUCGCGCCACCGCUCCCUCCGCCGCCGUCCCCCUCGCCGUCACCCCUCUCCCCGCCGCCCACCGCGAAGCCGCCGCACGCGCCGCCGCCGAACGCACCGCCGCCGCCACCCCCGUCUUCCCCGCCGUCGACGCCGCCGCAACCUCCGGCGGCGGCGCCGUCUGAGCCGCCUCCGCCGCAACCGCCGGCGGCGGCGCCGCCUGAGCCGCCGCCGCCGCCGCCGCCGCCGCCGCCGCCGCUGCCGCCACCUCCGCCGUCGCCGCCGCUGCCGCCGCCGCCCCCGCCGCCCCAUACGCCGCCCCCCCCGCCGCCUCAUACGCCACCACCGCCGCCGCCGCCUCCAACGCCGCCGCCACCGACCCGCCCUCCGCCUGGCCUCUGGCAUGACCCGAUCGAGGGCAGCGACGGAUGCUGCAGGACGGAUGCCGUGGGCGUCAGCACGCCUCAUGCGAGCACCUUUACCCGCGCGUGGGCCGCCGGCCUGGAAGAGUGCAAAGGCAGGUGCCUCACACACCUGCAAACAUGCACCGCCAUCGGGUACAACAGAGUGAGCCAGGCUUGCGAGGUGCACACCUCCCCCGCAGUCGCCCACACGGCGGCGGGAACGCCGUGCACGUGUCUGCUCUUCAAGACGGCGCCUCCGCCGCCGGGUGCCCCGCCGCCGCCACCAACUUCGCCGCCAUCGACGCCUCCGCCGCCGCUGCAACCACCAACUUCGCCGCCGGCCGUGAGGCUCAUCCUUGACACCGACAUGGGGUGUGGCGCUUGCCGCGACGUCGACGACGUCGUUGCCUUGUGCGCCCUCCAUGCGCUGGCGGACAACGGCGAGGUGGAGCUGCUCGCAGUUGUGCAGGACAGCGCGCCGCCCGCAGGAGCAGGCGUCAUCUCUGUGGUGAACCACUUCUACGGCCGCGACCACAUACCGAUUGGCGCGUACAAGGGGUCUGGGCUGACGCUGGCGGGAGAGCCUCCGCUCACGUUUGUCGACAGUGUCCUGAAAGCCUUCCCUUCGCCGAUCCGGAACGCCUCACAGGUGCCGGACGCCGUCGACGUGUACCGGCGCGUGCUCGCCGCCUCGCCGCCGCGUUCAGUCACAAUCGCGUCUGUCGGCUACGCUUUGGUGGCCGAAAAGGUGGCUCUCCUCUCAAUCAUGGCGGGAGACUACCCGACGAGCGGGCCUCGCUUCGCCGAGUGCAAUGCGUGCGGCUGUUUCAACGGCGCGGACGCCGUCUCCAGGGCGACCGCCGCAGCCGCGUCCUCUUUCGUCGCAGCAAACGUGCCGCCGUCCGUCCGUACCAUCUACCUCGGGUGGCGCGUCGGGGACGUGGUGCGGACUGGCGCGGUGAUGGAGCUGCACGCCCUGAUGGACUUUCGCGACCGGGCGGGCUGGGGGUGGGGCCCGGGAGGCCGCUCCAGCUACGACCCGCUAGCCGCCCUCCUAGCGGUGCGCGGAGUCAGCCGCGAGGGCGUGGGCUUGAGCGAGUGCACGCAGUGCGACGGCGUCAACUCGAUCGACCCAAAGAGCGGCAAGAAUGAGUGGUUGCCGGGGCGGCGAAGCAACCAGAGCUAUGUCGAGCUCACGGACCGGAUGAGAGCGCAAGAAGCGAUUGAUGCGCUCCUCUGCCAGCCACGGCCGCCGCCGCCGCCGCCGCCGCCGCCGCCGCCGUUGCCGCCGCUGCCGCCGCCGCCGCCCCAUACGCCACCGCCGCCGCAGAGCGGCGGCGAGAGCGUGCUCGUGCGUCCGGGUCACCUCUCCGAGGUGGCGGCUGCUCCUCCAGUGCCGCCCGUGCCGCCUGCGCACGUCGCCAAGGGCGACACGCCGUCGGAGAGUGCGACGCCCUCGUGGGAAGGCCUCCUCGCCCGCAUGGCCAGCCGCAUGGCGCAGUCGGUUGGCCAGUCCCUCGCGGAGGCCCUUGAGCUCGACGCGGCAAGCGGCGUGCAGCGGCGGCUGCUGGGGAGCGUCGAGCUCUCAGCCCUGCUCGGAGCCGUCGCCGCCGGCUGCUGCGUCGCCUGCCGCCACCGCCGGCGGCGGCGGCGAGAGAGGCGGUUCGAUCAGCUCGCCGACGAGCCUGACCAGCCGGACCACCAGGAGCUGCACGGCGAGGGGAGGUCCGAGGCUUUUGGCACCGAGCGCAGGAAGAAGCAGGUGCCGCAGCGGGGAGACCGCGUCAAGCACGGCAGGCGCGGCGAGGGCACGGUGGCCGAGCUGCUGCCCGACGGCCGCUCGCGCAUCGUCUUCGACGAGGAGGAGGAGCACGGCGAGCACCGCUACAUCGGGCAGCUGGAGGGGGCAGCGCCGCUCGACUCGCCGCAGCGGCGGCAGGCGACGCGGUCGCACGUCGAAGAGGCGGCACGGCGAGCGAAGCUCGAGGCGAGCGCCGCGGCCGGCAGGCGCGCGCUGAAGGAGCUGCAAAAGGAGCAGGCACGGCAAAAGGAAGCGCAGCAGGAGGCGCAGACCCGCCAGCUGCUGCGGGCGCUGGCGCUCGGCCAGACGCAGCCCAGCCUUGCCCGGAGCCCCAGCCCGGUCCGAUCCCGUAGCCGGUCCCUGCCCAUCCCGUAG